AUGCUAACCAGCGAAAACAGGUGGGCUGACGAAUACCUCGACGAUGCCGACACCGACACACUCCCCGCUCCCUCCGUGACAACCGGCCCCGACGGCACCAAGACGACCGUCAGCUACAAAUGGAAUGACGACGGCAAGAAAGUAAAAGUCACCACCAAGACCAAGACAGUCGUGCACCGCGAGCGCGUGAACCCCGCGAUCGCAGAGCGGCGCGCGUGGGCCAAGUUCGGCCUCGAGAAGGGCAAAGGCAAAGGCCCGCAGCCCGACACCACUUCGGUGGGCGAGAACAUCGUCUUCCGCCCCUCGCGCGACUGGAAGGCCGUGCAGGCGGCCGAGGCCAAGGAAGGCGGCGGCAAGGCCGAGGAGAAGAGCCUGAAGGAGCAGCUAAGAGACAAGAAGGUCAAGUGCCGUAUCUGUCAGGGCGAGCAUUUCACCGCGAGAUGUCCUUUCAAGGACACCAUGGCUCCGGCUGAUGAUGGCACUACUCCUGCGGCGGACCCCAUGGCGGACGAGGGCGAGGGCGAGCCGGCCAAGGGUGGUUUGGGCGUCGGUGGCAGCUCAUACGUGCCGCCGCAUAUGCGCAAGGGCGCGGCCGGGGCCGGCGAGCGGAUGGGUGGCAAGUUCGAGAGAGAUGAUCUCGCGACGCUGAGAGUUACGAAUGUAUCCGAGUUGGCCGAGGAGCAGGAGAUGCGCGACAUAUUCGAGCGCUUCGGCAGAGUGACCCGAGUGUUUUUGGCAAAGGACAGAGAGACUGGCAGAGCCAAGGGCUUUGCUUUCAUCUCUUUUGUCGACCGGGCGGACGCGGCGAAUGCGUGCGACCGGCUGGAUGGCUUUGGCUACAAGCAUCUCAUUCUCAAGGUCGAGUUCGCGAAGAAGCAGGCUUGA